GCGUAUUCUGGUAGUAGAUUAAAGCGGCUCGAUGUUUAUGAAUUACGUUGGUGUUUCUUCAAUUUUGUCAACGUCUUAUAGACUGACUGCUUAUGUGUCUUUACUAAAACCCUCGAUACAGGGUCGCUAUUAUGUGCAUUUCCUGCAGUGAUGGUUGAUACUGGCUCGUUCACGACUAAUAAACAGAAUUACUUGAGAUACUCACUAUUUUUCCACGGUACUGUACUAGAAACGCACUAACAACAUGCCGAAAUUCCACACUGACUGCAUCGAGAAGCCCGUGGCCUCUGGUUUACAGAAGCUUGGACGACUGGUCGGUCGACACCCCUGGUGGUUUCUAGCGAUUCCUCUCGUCUCUGCUACGGUGCUCGGUGGCGGAUUUGCCUUCUUAACAGAGGCCCAAGCUAACAACAUCGAGGAGCAGUUCACUCCAGUUGGCGGACCGGCCAAAGCAGACCGGGCUCUGGUCAGUCGGUACUUCCCCAUAGACGAGUCCAGUUUCACCCCUCAGAGGCUGAUCACGGAAGGCGCGUACGCGGCGUUCAUUGCCGUACACCCGAGCGGGAAAAUCCUGAGUGAAGAAGCGCUGACGGAGGUCCUGCGGAUUGACGGCGUCAUACGAAACAUGACCGUGUCCGAAAGUGGUCAAGCCUUCAAAUACAGGGACAUCUGUGCGCAGAAGAACGGGGAAUGUGCCCCCAACGCAGUGUUGAAAGCUCUUGGGAAUAACGCGCGCGCCAUCGGGAGCAUCGCCUUCCAAUUCCCCCUGUGGGUGACCGCCACCGAGCAGACAUUUCUGGGGACGAUACUCGGGGGAGUGGAGACGAGUGGAAGCGGGAUAGUACAGAGCGCCAAAGCCAUCCGAGUUUUCUACUUCCUGAAGGAGAGCGAGGUGGAGACGAGUGAGCGGUGGCUGCGGGAGUUUUUGAAGGUUUUCACUGAAGAGAAGAACGACUUCCAGCUGCAAGAGACUCAGGUGUCCUAUUUUACAUCUGUUUCAAGGCAAGAGGAAUUGGAAAGCAUUUCAAAGAAUGUGAUUCCUUUGUUUUCCAUAACCUAUUUCCUUUCAGUCUCCUUUUCCAUCAUUUCAUGUUUAAGGUUUGACUGUGUGAGGAACAAGGCCUGGGUUGCAGCAUUAGGAGUUCUCUCAGCAGGUAUCGCUGUCCUGUCUGGAUUCGGUUUGCUGCUUUACUGUGGUAUGCCUUUUGCUAUGACCGUGUCUAAUUCUCCAUUCCUCAUUUUGGGCAUUGGAAUAGACGAUAUGUUCAUUAUGAUUGCGUGUUGGCAGCAGACAAAAGUUCAUGACUCAGUGGAAGACCGCAUGGCGGAGACAUACAGAGAGGCCGCCGUCUCCAUCACCAUCACCACAUUGACUGAUGUCUUGGCCUUCUUCAUCGGAAUCAAUACUCCCUUCAGAUCAGUACAGUCCUUCUGUCUUUACACAGGCACCACCGUUCUCUUAUGCUACGUGUUCAACAUUACCUUCUUUGGGUCUGUUUUAGCUCUGAAUGGUAAAAGAGAGGCAGAGAACCGACAUUUUCUAACUUGUAUGAAGGUCCCAGGCAACUGCCCACCAGACCGCUCUAAAGCAUACAGCCUCUGCUGUGUAGGAGGCCUAUAUGAUAUGUCCUCCGGUACAGAGACAGAGCACCCAAUGAACCUCUUCUUCAAGAAGUACUAUGGUCCUUUUCUGACAAAGAACUGGACCAAAGCAUUUGUGGUCCUCCUGUAUGCUGGGUAUCUAGCAGCCAGCAUUUAUGGAUGUUUCCAGAUAAAGGAAGGAAUAGAUCUUAGAAAUCUGGCCUUAGAUCAUUCCUACACAGUAAGGUAUUAUGACCAUGCAAAGACAUAUUUUUCAGAAUACGGGGCAAAUAUAAUGGUUAUAGUUCCAAAAAAAGCAGACUACUGGAAUAGCACCGUUCGUAAAGAUAUUGAAAGCUGCAUCGAUAAACUGAAUGACCUUCCUUAUAUUGAAAAACAACUGUCUGUAUCCUGGCUUAUGUUGUACAAGAUAUUUGCGCAAAGAUCCAAUAUCGUCCUUGAUGAUCAAAGCGUAUUCGUAAACACAUUGCCAGCAUUUUUUCGACUAUUUCCAGAUUUUAACCAGGAUGUUAAUCUGUCCGGUGGUGUCAUCGACGCUUCUCGUUUCUUUAUUCAAGCUGUAAAUAUCAGCAGUGCAGUUGCUGCAAAGAAUAUGCUGAGUGAGCUGAGAGAGACAGCGGAGAGCUGUGUCGUUCCCCUUGUGGUGUACCACCCGGCCUUCAUCUACUUUGACCAGUACUUGGUCAUUGUCAGCAACACCAUCCACAACAUUGCAGUGGCCACUGCGGUGAUGUUAGUGAUCUCACUUCUUCUGAUUCCCAAUCCACUUUGUGCUGCAUGGGUGACCUUUGCGAUCGCUUCGGUGAUUGUGGGAGUGGUAGGAUUCAUGGCAUUCUGGAACAUAAACCUAGACUCCAUCUCCAUGAUCAAUCUGGUCAUCUGCAUCGGCUUCUCUGUGGAUUUUUCAGCCCACAUCUCCUAUGCCUAUGUGUCAAGCAAGAAGUCCAGCGUUAAUGAGAAAGCCACAGAUGCACUUUAUCUUCUUGGUUACCCCAUUCUUCAGGGAGCCAUCUCUACGAUUUUGGGGGUUGUGGUGUUGGCUGCUGCAGAGAGCUACAUUUUCCGUACGUUCUUUAAAAUCAUGUUUUUAGUCAUUGGUUUUGGGGCUGUUCAUGGCCUCAUUUUUAUUCCAGUGUUUCUUACGUUUUUUGGGUUAUGUACAAAGACCAAUGUAGGUGAAAAUGAAGGAACACCUGAGAGCAUUAAAGAUACCCACAGUGAAGCGCCCAGUAACCUGCAGCUACACAGAAGGAGUGUUAUGGAAUCGGCCAGCAGGAAGAUGUCCCUUCUGUACUCUGAAAGUGACAGCUCAUAAAGUCCUCAAAUAUUUCCCACUUUUCAUGGUAUAACGACAAAAUACCGAUAGGCUUUGUAUUAGGGCUGUGCGGUACACUGAUAGGAAUUGGUCAACCGGAAGAAAUUUUCGUGUGUAACGUUUACCGCAGUUUAGCACAUCAGGAAGCUGCCAUGGGGAAUGGGCAUUUCGAUACCUUCUGAGACAACGCAGCACAUGCCAAUACAACUGUGGAGAUGGACAAUGAAGGCAAACGUAGCAGCUGAGACUGCCUCACAUUCACGAGGCAAACGAAAUGAAGAGCCGAUUAGGGAAGAAAAAAGUCUGCUCCGUCCACAGAGGCGUAAACUUGCUUUAGCAAAAUUGGAUUGUUGACCUGUAAGUAAACGGCGUAUAACAUACGUGUCCUACAACUGA